AUGGCUGAUUACCAGAGCUACCUUAUUCUCUUUCUCACAGGUGCUCUAACCUCCAUCUUCAUAAUAUUCAGAUUAAGUCGACCUAAAUCUCAUCUCCCUCCCACCCCAUUUGCAUUUCCCAUCAUCGGACAUCUCCACCUCCUUUCUCCAACCCCUCAUCGAGCUUUUCACAACCUUUCUCUCCAAUAUGGCCCAAUUUUUCGUCUCUUUCUGGGCUCCAUGCCCUGUGUUGUUGCUACUUCAUCACAAACAGCCAAAGAACUGUUCAAAACAUACGAUGACGUUUUCUUAGACAGACCUCACAAUUCAUCCAUGGAUUACAUCUCUUAUGGGGGCAAAGGCUUCAUCUUUGCUCCUUAUGGAUCUUACUGGAAGUUCUUGAAGAAGACAGUCAUGUCUGAACUCCUUAACGGUAAAACCCUCGACUCCCUCCUUCCGGUCAGACACGACGAAACCAAUCGUUUCAUAGAAUGUUUAUCACAAAAGGCGAAAGUCGGGGAGUCUGUGGAACUCAAAAGGGAACUUAUGAAGGUGACAAACAAUGUGAUAUCAAGAAUGGUUAUGAGCAAGAGGUGUUCAGACGAUCAAGAAGGCGAUGCGGUGGACAUACGGAAGAUCGUGAUCGAUAUAGCGAAGGUUAUGGGUACGUUUAACCUUUCGGAUAACGUAUGGUUGUGUAAGAAUCUAGACUUGCAAGGAAACGGAAAGAAGUGCGAAGCGAUUCGUGCAAGAUUCGAUGGGUUGAUAGAGAAGAUCAUGAGGGAGCAUGAAGAGGCAAGAGAGCUGAAUGAAGAGAGUGGACAAGUAAAGGACUUGCUCAGCAUCUUAAUUGAUAUCUCAGAAGAUGAAAACAUGGAGAUGAAGCUCACCAAAGAAAACAUUAAAGCCUUCAUUCUGGAUAUAUUUGGUGGAGGAACAGAAACUUCAGCAGUAACUAUCGAAUGGGCUUUAUCGGAACUGAUCAACCAUCCCAACAUAUUGAAAAAGGCAGUCGAAGAAAUCGACCAAAUCGUUGGUAAAUCCCGGCUUUUACAAGAAUCAGACGUACCAAACCUUCCGUACCUCCAAGCCAUCGUCAAAGAAUCGCUACGGCUGCACCCUUCAGCCCCAGUGAUUCAACGACUAUCGACACAAGAUUGCACCGUCGGAGGUUAUCAUAUUCCAGCAAAGACUACAGUUUUCUUCAGUAUAUGGAGUGUUGGCCGUGACCCAACCCAUUGGGAAAACCCAUUGGAGUUCAGACCUGAAAGGUUCAUAGAGAAACACUUGGAUGUUAGAGGACAGCAUUUCCAUUUCUUACCAUUUGGAAGUGGGAGGAGGAUGUGUCCAGGGGUUUCGCUGGGGUUGAUGGUGAUUCAUGUGACACUUGGUUCAAUGAUCCAAUGUUUCGAUUGGAUGGCUCGCAAAGAUGGGGAUCUAACUAGUCUUGAUAUGGAAGAAGGUGUCGGGAUCACGAUGCCGAGGGCUAACCCUUUGGUUUGUGUGCCGGUUGCUCGACUUGAUCCCAUCCCUUUUUCUACCGCUACAACAAAAUCGGGUUUAUAG